ACACCGGGGCGGGUGGAGGUGGAUGAGCUCGUUUUCAGUACUUUUUUUGCGAAAUUAAUCCAAUUGACGGGAACGAAUUAUUCUUUAGCGUUAUUGGGUUAACGUUGUCAAUGUAAUUAAAUGCGAAAAGUCACAUAACACAAACGCGAUUUCAGACUAAUCUUCCAACGAGUUGUAAUGCUGGCUAGUGACGCCUCUUCCUAGGUGAGGACCGUUGACUAACGAGGACGACGGCGUCUGACUGCUGGGCCGGAGCAGAGAGGAAGCAGCUCUGGCACCAGUUUAAUCUACUAGCAUAGCUGACGAAGUGGAGCGGAGUGACAAGUUAGAAAAAACUUCGAUUUAUCGAAAACAACAACUCAACAACAACUCCAAGACGUAUUCACAUUUCUUCAACGACCUAAGUUCGCCACGAUGAGCUUCCUGUUUGGCAAUCGCUCAUCCAAGACUUUCAAGCCGAAAAAGAACAUCCCAGAGGGAUCCCAUCAGUAUGAACUACUGAAACAUGCUGAGGCAACCCUGGGUAGUGGGAACCUGAGGCAGGCUGUAAUGCUACCUGAAGGAGAGGAUCUCAAUGAGUGGAUUGCUGUUAACACCGUGGAUUUCUUCAAUCAGAUCAAUAUGCUUUAUGGCACCAUAACAGAGUUCUGUACUGAAACCAGCUGCUCAGUGAUGUCUGCGGGACCAAGAUAUGAAUACCACUGGGCUGAUGGCACCAAUAUUAAGAAGCCUAUCAAGUGUUCUGCUCCCAAGUAUAUUGAUUACCUGAUGACCUGGGUGCAGGAUCAACUGGAUGAUGAGACACUUUUCCCCUCUAAGAUUGGUGUGCCCUUUCCCAAGAACUUCAUGUCUGUGGCCAAGACUAUACUGAAGCGCCUAUUCAGGGUUUAUGCCCACAUCUACCACCAACAUUUUGAUUCUGUGAUGCAGCUGCAGGAGGAGGCCCAUCUCAAUACCUCCUUCAAGCACUUCAUUUUCUUUGUGCAGGAGUUUAACCUCAUUGACCGACGCGAGCUUGCACCCCUGCAGGACUUAAUUGAGAAGCUUGGAUCCAAGGACAGAUAAAUGCUUCAACUUACAUCUCCCUUUUUUUAAAUGUUCGCUUCUCCCCACUCCCUCUGUUACUGCUACCUCUGUGACUUUUAGUCUCAAGUCUCAAACUCUGUGCCUUGUUCUUUUUACUUCCUUAGCUUGGACAGUUGAACUGAACCAUACUUUACCCAUUCUUCCUUGUACUGGUCUUUCAACUUGUCUCGGAGCCUUUCGUUUCAUGAUAGUCACUUUAGAUCAAAUACCAGAGUGUAGUACAGUAAAAAAAAAAAAUUUCACAGGGUCGUGGUUAACAAAUUGGUAAUGGGGACCUACUACUUCUUAAUUGGACCAAGGGAAUUUGGGAGUUGAAAUGAAAACCAGCUUUUUAUCCUCUCCAAAAGUUGGGAUAUAGUAUUAGAUUUGUCUGAACAAUUUCCACAUAUUUUUGAUAGGCAAAUUGUGUUUUGAGUUUAAUUGUAGCUAUUGCAAUUAGGCUAGCAUUGUAACAGUACUAUGUUUUUAUGAUACUUGCUUCUUAGUGUUGGGUAGACAGGGAGAGGAGAAGGGGUUGGCAUGUGAUCGAAGUCACUGGAGUUGGCUUAAUCCACACCAUCGUGACAAUGCAAGUGCAUGCAUGGCAUGAUUUUUUUUCAAGCCUAACCUGAGAGCAGACUUUUUUUAUUGUUUUUUUUUUUUAGUGCUGUCUGUCAUAAGCUUGUGUGUCGUAGAACUCACUGCUCUAUGAUUUGCAGGCACAUAGUCAGAUUAUGUGACAUAGAAAAAUAGGUGAUUGUGAGAGUUUUGGUCCCAGAAACAUCCCAAGAAAACAUCUCUAUAUAAUACAUUUUGGCUAUUUGAAUUUGGUGUUUUGAAUAUUGUGUUUUGCACUUUUUUAUUUUGAGAGAAAGGGGUUAUUGAAUUAGUAAAAUUUCAGAUGUUGGUUGUUGUCAAAAGCAAUACUACACAUUUUAUAUGCUUAGAAUCAAUAUUCAUAAACACUGUUAAGAAAAACAUGCAUUUCCAUGUUUACCUCACCACAUGGAAGUUGUAUUAUCAUGAACCAUACAGUGUCAUGUACUGAAAAUUAACAAAUGUCAAAUUGAAAAGUAGCAGUUUAAUGUGAACUUUAUUUUUACUGUAAUUUCAGUCAUACAAAUUUCUGUGGCGCCCAUUAAUUGUGCAACUCUAUCCCUUCAAUGCUGGUACUUGAUUGUCACAUUCAGAGUUCUUUGUAUUAGCUACUUUUCCCUGUAGCCCUCAGGCAUUGAAAAUUUUGCAAUAGCUGAUGCUGCAUCUGUGCACAUGGAUGACUGAUAAGAGAUGUAUGUAGUUU